AUGGCUGAUUAUCUCCACAAACAGGACAAUGGAGCCCUCGACGGCGCCCAGAGCGACACUGAGCCUCAGCUGUUGAAUGUGCCCGAUUCGCAGAUCAGCAUGGAUUUGAACGUGCAGAGCCUCCAUGGAUCCUCUGACCAGUCCCCCAUGCCCCUACCAUCGCAACAGCAGAACGUCGUGCCGUAUGAGACGUUUCAGCAUCAAAUUGAAGAUCAGAUAGUGGAGCUCGAUAGCCAGAUGAACGGAUUCAGUGUACAGCCCACCGAUGGCGAGGACCAGAAGAAUCAGGCUGGUGGUGCAAUGUCCAGUAGUACAAGCGUCGCUCAGGACCAGCAGGGCAUUCCACAGCUUGACCAGCAACAGCCGCAAUCGCAACAACACGAUCUACCUCAGCGGCAAGGCAUCCCGCAGACGCAGCCCAGCACCCAACAGGAACAGUACUCCCAGCUACGUUCACGCGCACAAGUCUGGGCGGCGAAUAUCAAGCAACUAGAGCAGGACCUCGCUCUCCAUAAUCAACAGCGCGGCGCGAUGCCCGAGCCCACCCACCAGCUGAAGGCGGAGCAAUAUUCGGACCAGAUCGACCGAUUAAAGGAAGAUCUGCACACGAUGUUCGAUCUCAUCAAGGAGAUGGCUACUGGGCACAACAAUUCACAGCCGGGAACGUCUUCUUCGCAGUCGUCUCAGCCGCCGAUGAUCCCAGAUCAAGUAGUGAAUACGCUGGAGGGAGCUCCGGCUCCUGCGCGGCUAAAGGUGCCCUCCGCUGAUCAGGUCAAGCCGUAUGUUGGCCUCGAGGCUGGUCGGUAUCCCACCGAAGCCGAAAUUCAGCAGGCGAGGCUGUACAAGGAGCUGCUGCUCGAGCAGUUGAUACUGCCGGGCAUUGGCCACAUGAAACCGCAACAUAUCCCGCCUGAAAAAGAGUCGGAAUAUGCUGCGUUCUUCCAGGAGCUCUGUGGCUACGCCUCCCGGGUAUACCCCGCUUUCGAGCUCAUGAUUUGUGGCUACCCCGAAAACGUCGUCAAGAAGGUCAUAGCCGCGACCAUGACGGCAUUUCGUCAGAAGGAGCUGAGCGAGGAGAAGGGCAGCCCGUACUAUCUGAUUGGACUCGAGAAUAUCCAGAGUCUCACCAAUACGAUGAAGGCCGCCGCCCAAGCUAUCCCGUACCGCGGUAUGCGCGCGCGCAGCGAGAUGAUUCUGUACUACGCCUUAUCCCUCCUGCUGCCGUUGCCAAGCCACUACUAUCGCCCCAUGGACUGCUCCUCCCCAAAGGAUGUGGCGGCAAUGCCAACCUCUAUGUUCCUGCCUGCGCCUGUACCAACACACACCGCGAAUGAUGUGUAUCUUGUUAUCCUCAUCCUGGCCAUUUCGUUCGUGAUCACGAUAUUCUUGGUGUAUAGUGCUUUCUGA